UAUAAUCAGAUCUUUAAAAUUUUCUCUGUAUAUGUAAAUUCUGAACCUCAAUAAAUUAAUUGUUACACAUAAAUCAGUGUGCUACACGUUUUAUAAGGUUAUAAUACACUAGAUCGGCCUUGGCUUAGGGCAAAGUGGAUGCCACGUGCCUCACACUAAAGUUUUUGGGCCCCGCGCCGCACUGUAAAGACUACGAUUGUCAUUAAAACACCUUAAUUCGAGGCUGACGUCGUUAUGAGCACAAUUUACAAUACUUCCCAAACACAAGCCACACAACCUGUGCUCUGAACAUAAAUUUGAUUUCAAAUGGCUUACAUUCAUAAAGCAUCUCCUGUAACCUUUUCAGAUGUUUUGUUAUUUUUUUGGAACAUCACCAAAAAGUGUGUGCGCAUGACGACAUCAGAUUUGAAACAGUCUCGCGGGUUUUAGUGAGAUUGUGAAAGCCGCGAGAUUACGUUCGUUUCUUAAACACACUAUCAUGUCGGCACCACUGAUCUAUGGAGCGUACACCACUCUGAGGCUACGGUAGGGGUGAAGCCACCGGAAGACUCCCACGGCCAUUUUUAUUUCACACACUUAUAGAGCCCACCCUACGAUAUUAUUAUAAUACCUCUAUUACUGUAUAGGAAUCUUGAUCAAUAUGCCUCGCUGUUCAGCUGUUGGAUGCAGCAACAUAUCAACCAAGGGAUGUGGCAAAACUUUCCACUUGUUUCCCAAGAAUGUUGAAAGACGACAACUAUGGGUGGCCAGGAUGAGGAGAGAGAAAUUCAAGCCAUCAGACAAGGCAGUAGUGUGUUCCGAUCAUUUUGAGGAGGAAUAUUUUGACAAAACUGGCCAAACUGUCAGACUACGUCCAGAUGCAGUACCGACAGUCUUCAACUUUCCUAAACAUUAUCAGAAGAAAGCUGGCAAUCACAAACUACCCACAACAAGACAAUAUGCAGAAUCAAAUCAUCAGCAAACUCCACAUGUGACUGUAGACAAUAAAAUUAUUGUUGCAGAUCAUCAGUACUGCACAGCCAGCCCACAGAAAAUGAAGAGUAAGCUUCACUGGACUGUGGAUGUGUCUCAGGCCUGCAGAAAAAGGUCGAAGCUAGGUAGGAAGAUUGCACAAAAAAGUAGAUUCCCUGCAAAACGUUAUAUACUUCAUGCAGAUUCCAUAAAUGAUCUCUAAGUCAUGAGUAGACAUGCUUGAAAAGACCUUUGUUGAGGUACCACUGGAACUGAUGAAGCACAUUGUGAGCCAAAAAGUCAAAGAGACAUCACAUAAGGAAUACCAUCCUGUCCUCAAGUCCUUUGCCUUGACACUACAUUUCUCCUCUGUAAAGACUUACAGUUAUGUCUGCAACACUUUCAACUUAGGCCUGCCACAUCCAUCCACCAUCAGGAAGUGGUACAGCAGAAUUUAUGGGAGUCCAGGCUUUAGUGAUGAGGUGUUACAAUUUCUUGAGGUCAAGGUCCACAAAGCCAAGAAGAACAGCAAGGGUGUGUUGUGUGCAUUGAUGCUAGGUGAAUUGGCUAUCAGGAAGCAUGUUGAGUGAAUGGUGAAAAGAUGUUAGGUUAUGUUGACAUUGGCUCUGUCAUCACUGAUGAUUCUUCACCACUAACAACCAAGGUUUUGAUAUUCGUGGUGGUUUGCAUUCAUGAUCACUGUAAAUUUUUCAUUUGGCUAUUUUCUCACCAAUAGCCUAUCAGAUGCUGAAUGGGCUAAUUUUGUGUGUCAACGUAUCUUGAAAUAGGCAGAUGUUGAUAUGAAGGUUAUUUCUUUCAUGUGUGAUGGACUUCAUAUCAUUUCUCAAUGCUGAAAGAGCUUGACAAAUCCACUGAUUCUGCCAACUUUGAUCCCAGUUUUCCCAACUCAUCUCAACCCUACCAACGGGUAUUUGUCCUGCAAGAUAUUUGUCACAUACUGAAGCUGAUCAGGAACACUCUUGGCACAUGUGGCAUCAUCAUUGAUAAAACUGAUGAGAAGGUGAGAUGGCAGCAUCUAGAAGGCCUCAACAAACAACAACAAGAGGAACGUCUACGCCUUGAGAACAAGCUCAAGCCAGCUCACACAGCAUGGAAGUUCCAGAUGAAAGUUUAUCUUGCUGCCCAGACACAAAGUUCGAGCAUUGCUUUUGCUCUUAGAUUCUGUUGACAGGAAUUAGAGCUGGAAGAGUUUGCUGACAGUGAAUCUACCUGUACGUCUAUUGAAUUUUUUGAUAAGCUAUUUGACAUAAUGAACUCAAGGAAUCCUUUGGCUAGCAGCUACAAGGCAUCCAUGAAGCUUGCCAAUGAGAGCUCUAUGAUGCUGUCUUUAGAUGAAGCCUACCAGAAUGUAGCAACACUUAAAGAUAGAAGUGGAAAGUUGAUCACAAGCACAACACUCAAAACAGCCUUAAUUGGCUUUAUGGCAAUUAUAUAAAGCAUCACGAUCCUCGAUGAACAAUAUGUGAAAACAGAUGCAUCGUAACUGCCCUACUUGUUGACCUACAAGUUAAGCUAAUAUCAUCUUGAGCAUUGUUUUUUUUUAUUGUUGUUUUUUGUUUGCAGCUGUCAGGUUAAUAUAUGGUUUUAGUAAUUGCCUAACUGUACGUCAGUUCAUUGCAUCGUACAACAGGAUGCUGGUGAGGCAUGAUGUGAAAGGGGCUGGUGGAAAGUGCAUUCAGCUAGACAUGAAAAAGAUCCUACAAGCAGCACAAGCAUUUAAGUCAAUGAAAGAUGCAGUGCCAGACAAUUCUCAAGAUAUCCUGAUGAUAUGACACCUUGCUAUCUUCUGACGAAUCAGAUGAUGGCUUUGAUGCUGUUCCGAACAUUCCUGUCCUAUCAGCAAGCUGCAGUGAGCUAUGUUGCCGGAUUUGUGGUUCACAUGGUCAACAAGAGGACCCAUUGUCCUGAUUGUCAAGCAGCGCUAACAGCAGCUGAGUUUAGAGCCGAUGAGCCAGGCGACAUUUUCAUUUUUAUGAAAGACAAAGGUGGACUUGUCAAACCCUCACAAAGUACCAUUAAGGUUUGUGAAACCACUGAAAGAUGUUUUCAGCAUCUGUUGAUUGCAUCAGAUUCAGGUCUGCCUCUAGAAUCUAAAAAUCCCAUUUUUCAUAAUGCACACACAUAAUGCAUGCACAACCUUCGAUGACUUACUACAGCACAGAGCCUAAUAAAAAUCACAUAUUUACCUUGAUAAAGUGCGUAUCCUUGUGCUAUUCCAAAAUCAGGGUGCAUCACUUGGCCAGAUCAUUCACAGACACUACCACUGGUAAGCUAGACAUUCGGCAAGCUGUUUUUUAAUACCAGUAGAGUUCAUUAAUAUUUACAUGUAAUUGAAUAGACUCAAAGCCUCAUUAUCUACGCACAAAGCUGUUUAUAUAGGCCUUUAUGCAAAACUGUUAUGUGUUUGCAGUGUUCGUGUAAAAUGGUGUUUGUAUCUCAUGAUUAUUUCAGAGAACUCAUUUGUAAUUUAAAUACAUUUUUUUCAUUUAUCAGUAAAUUUUUACAACAAUCGCAAAAAAAAAUUCAUUUGUCAACAAAAGAUUGUUUUUAAUUAAUUGCAGAUUUCCUUUUUUAACACCAAAUCUUAACGGCAUUAAUACAGUAUUUUAUAAAAACAAAACAACAAUCUGGAUAAUUGAUACAUUCUGUAACAACUAUGCUGCUUAAUGAUUAUUAUUUUUACUUUUAUGAAUAUGUGAAGAAAUUAUAAAAAAGGUUAUUCACAAAUGUUACUUACGUUUGCGUAAGAGGUUCUUGUGCAUCCUACCUUGCUUAUAGAGUUAAAGUAAUCAGCUAUCCUUUUAUGUACUGAUAUUGCUUUGAAUUUGUGUGUAUGAAUAAUCCACUCAUUCAGCAUGAACAUAAUUGGUAAUAACUGAUGAAUAAAUAUUUAUUUUGUUCUUGCAAGAAAGGAGGCAGUUCCUCUGUAUUUCUUCUAUAAAACAAACUAUUGUUUUAUUUGGUAUAUCUUUCUUAUCUCUAAUUCUGAUUUACAAUAAAAAUCUAAUAUACCUUAUAAUAUGAUCUAACAAGAGUUUUUAUUUUUUUUGUAAUCCAAUAUCUCUUUGUAUCAACUCAAUUACAUGAACUAAUGUCGAAUCUUUCUUUGAUAUGUGUUAAUGAAACCACACUUUAUAUAUAAAUGUGAGAAAUAGUGAAUAAAAUUUCAAAUUAUAAUCACCUCUCAACUACAAAAAAUCAUUUUGAUUUCUUAUUCUAUAAUUUUGAUUUCAAAAAGAAAAAAUUAUGGAAAGCACUAAUACAAUGCUAUCUAACCAAUGUGUUAAGGUGGAACUAAGUAGGUGUGGUAAAAUAGCAGACGUGUAGCCGCUAAUCGCUUUCCAUAUAUAGAUCAGUGGGAAAAUGCAAACCAAAUGGCAAAAAGGAAAUCUGCUGCAGUAUUUCCAAAGAAUUCCGCUAAAGAAGAAAUGCUUCGGAAAGACAAUGAAUUUGACUCUUCACAAAAGACUAAAGAUAGCAACAACCAGCCUCUUUUGUUCAAACGAAAUGAAGAGGGCUUUGAAUUGUGACGUGGCUUAGCGAUGUAAAAAGGCAUUAUCGUUACACCAGUGACAAAAGCAACUUUUUUUAAUAAGCACCUAUUGGCACAAAGAUAAAAAAAUAUCAUGCUCCAACCAAUUUGACCAUAUUAAACCAAGAUGGCUGCUACGGAUUUUUGAAAAUCUACUUUAUGUCAUAUGUUCUUAUUAAUUAAGAUACAGACUAAUGUAAUACAUCGUUUUGUACAUUUUCAAGGAUGGGAAAUCCAUUGCUAUCAGACUUUUUCUUAAGAAAAUGUAGAGGAAAUCUAUUUUAACCAUAAGUUAUUACAAAAUACCAGCAAGAGAUAGACAAUAUUGGCUGAAUUGUUAAAAAUUCACUAUAUAUUCUCUAGUUUGUGCGUGGAUAGACUACUCAGCACAGUAUAAAAAAUUCCCAUCUGAUUUUAAAAAAGUAAUAUUUUGUACUUUAUAGACAUAAUGGUUUGUUAAACAUCACAUCUGUGUCGAUACCGUAGACAUAUACUUGGUCACAAAUGUUGCCUCUAAAUAUAUUGAACUUUCCUAUGUAUUAAGCUUUGUUCUCGAGCAUAUUUUCACCUCAGGCUGCUAGUUGCCAUGCUGAAUCGAAUCCAUUAUGAAGUAGGUUUAAGGUUUCCAUUUCAACUUUAGUUAAUUAAAUCAAAUGAUUAUAACUUUCAUAGCAAAGUAGUUAUGUACAAGCUUAAUUCAAUAAAGAUGAUUUUCAAAUA